AUGCGUCCACGUGUUGAGCUGCUCUUGUCUCUCAACCUCGUGUCUGUCCAUGCAGCACCGCAAAAGCCAGGCAAUGGCCUGUCCUACAUCAACCCGCUCAUCGGCACCACCAACGGCGGCAACGUCUUCGCCGGCGCAACGCUCCCCUACGGCCUCGCCAAGGCCUCGGCCGACGUCGACGGCCAAAACACGGGCGGCUUCGGCCUGGACGGCAGCAACGUCGUCGGCUUCUCCAGCGUCCACGACAGCGGCACCGGCGGGAACCCCAGCCUGGGCAACUUCCCGCUGUUCCCGCAGAUUUGUCCCGACGACGUGCUGGACAACUGCAGCUUCCGCAUCGGCGACAGGAAGCUUCACUAUGUCAACGGCUCGGUGGAUGCGCGGCCGGGGCAUUUUGGCCUGCAGCUGGAGUCGGGCGUUGUAGCCAACAUGACAGUCUCGCAGCACGCGGCGCUGUAUCGAUUCACGUUUCCCAAGGAGAGCGGCGGCAGCAAAAGCCAUCCGCUGAUCUUGCUGGAUUUGACGGAUCUGUGGCAGAGCAGACAGAAUGCCUCGAUCCAGGUUGAUGACAAGUCGGGGCGGAUGACUGGCAACGGCACGUUUCUGCCCAGUUUCGGUGCUGGAUCGUACGUGAUGCAUUUUUGUGUCGACUUCUUUGGCUCGAGCAUCUACGAAACGGGUGUUUGGGUCAACAACAGGGCGGGCACAGAGCCAAAGGAGGUUUUUCUCACUCGCGGCUUCAACCUGUUCUUCCUGGAAGGCGGCGGGUUUGUUCGUUUGGAUCCCCCCAGUGACGGCACCGCCACGGUUCGGAUGGGCAUCAGCUACAUCAGCAGCCAGCAGGCUUGUCAAAACGCUCAACGCGAGAUUCCUAGCCCGUUAAAGGCUUUUGAUUCGCUGGUCAGCAAUGCUGAAAAGGCCUGGGAAGAGAAGCUGAGUCCCAUCUCGGUCAAGGGCGGCGGCGCGACAGACGAUCUGUUGACGAGCUUCUGGAGCGGCGUGUAUCGCAACAUGAUUUCGCCUCAGAACUACACGGGCGAGAAUCCACUGUGGCAUAGCGACAAGCCGUAUUUUGAUUCGUUUUAUUGCAUCUGGGACAGUUUCCGUGUCCAGCACCCUCUCCUCACAAUCCUCGAUCCUCACGCCCAGACUCAAAUGGUAGAGGCCCUGCUCGACAUCUACAAGCACGAAGGAUGGAUGCCCGACUGCCGCAUGUCUCUCUGCAAGGGCUGGACCCAAGGCGGCUCCAACGCCGACGUCGUCAUCACCGACGCCUUUGUUAAGAACCUCAGCUCCACCAUUGACUGGGAACUCGCCCUCGACGCCGUCAUGGCCGAUGCCGAGAACGAGCCGCUCGAGUGGUCGUAUCACGGCCGCGGCGGCCUCCACAGCUGGAAGAGUCUCAACUACAUCCCCUACCUGGACUUUGACCCGUACGGCUUCGGGACCAACUCCCGCAGCAUCUCGCGCACGCUCGAGUACGCGUACGAUGACUAUUGCAUCUCGGAGCUGGCCGGUGGGCUGGGCAGGCGUGAUUUGCAGGCCAAGUAUCAGGGGCGGAGCAUGAACUGGAAGAACCUGUGGAAGGCGGACCAGACUUCCUUGAUCAACGGAACUGAUACCGGCUUCAAGGGCUUUUUCCAGCCAAAGUAUCUAAAUGGGACGUGGGGAUUCCAGGAUCCUAUUGCGUGUUCUGCGCUUGCAGGGUUUUGCUCUUUGACUACUAAUCCCAGUGAAACGUUUGAAGCGAGUAUCUGGCAAUAUCUCUUCUACGUCCCCCACUCAGUUUCAUCCCUCAUCUCCCUCCUGGGAGGCGACGACGCCAUGAUUUCCCGGCUCGACUUCUUCCACACCUCGGGCCUCGCAGACAUCUCCAACGAGCCCGUCUUCUUCACCGUCUUCCUCUACCACUACACCGGCCGCCCAGCACUCUCCACCGAGCGCAUCCACCAGUACGUGCCCGCGUCCUUCAACUCGUCGCCCGGCGGCCUUCCCGGAAACGACGACUCCGGCGCCAUGGGCGCGUUCCUCGUCUUCUCCGUCAUGGGCCUGUUCCCCGUGGCGGGCCAGAACGUGUACCUGAUCUCGCCGCCGUUUGUCGAGGGGAUUAGCAUCCGGCAUCCCGUCACGGGCAAGACGGCCACGGUGAGGAAUGUCGGGUUUGAUGCGUCUUAUAAGAAUGUCUAUGUGCAGAGCGCAAGGGUGAAUGGGAAGCCGUGGACAAGGUCGUGGAUUGGGCAUGAGUUUUUCACAGAGGGGUGGACGUUGGAGCUGGUGCUGGGGGCCAAGGAGUCCAAGUGGGGGACCGAGUUGAAGGAUAGGCCGCCGAGUUGGUCGGUGAGUAGUUAG